UCUGCAGGCAGGAAGCAUCAGAGUGGUCUUACCUACAGAAAGCUAUCAACCAAAUUUUCAAAACCAUCCAUUUCUAUUUUCAGUAAGCCAAAAUGUCUCUGAUUCCAAGCUUCUUUGGCAACCGCCGGAGCAACGUCUUCGAUCCAAUGUCGUUGGAUAUCUGGGAUCCCUUUGAGGGCUUCCCCUUCUCCACCUCCUCCGCCCGAGAAACCACAGCCAUCGCCAACCCCCGCAUCGACUGGAAAGAGACGCCGGAAGCCCAUGUAUUCAAGGUGGAUGUUCCUGGGUUGAAGAAAGAAGAAGUUAAGGUGGAGGUUGAGGAUGGCACAAUUCUGCAGAUAAGCGGGGAGAGAAGCAAAGAGCACGAGGAGAAGAACGACAAAUGGCACCGUGUGGAGAGGAGCAGCGGCAAGUUCCUCCGCCGCUUUAGGCUGCCGGAAAAUGCCAAAUUGGAUCAGGUGAAGGCGGCAAUGGAGAAUGGGGUGCUGACAGUCUCGGUGCCCAAGGAGGAGGUGAAGAAGCCAGAGGUGAAGGCCAUUGACAUCUCUGGUUGACCAAAUUAUCAUUUAUCAGAGUCGUGUCCUAUUUGCAUGUAAUGAGCUGAGGAAAUGUGUAUUUCAGUUUGAAUGAUAUGUUGAGUUCGUAAUAAGUGUUCUAAAAAGCCUAUGCUUCAACCCGUUGUGUGCUAUUAAUUAUAUGGCUAAUUACAUUUUGUUAUCUAAA